CCUGCUCCGAUCCAGCCAUUAUUGAUAUAGUUUGUAGUCAUUUUUUUAUUUUUUUAAUUUCUUCUUGUUUUUCUCUUUUGUUUUCUUUUUUGGUGGAAAAUAAAAUGUCUGAUACAGACGGGGAUGUUGGUUCUGAAGAAGUUUCAACGGACAAGGUUAAUGAUAUCCAAAGUAUUCGCACUGCGUCGUCCGAUGGCGAUCUUCAGGCAGCUAGCAAGAACAGCCCCGAUUCGCCUUCGCCGCGAAAGUCACGUCUUUUCGGCCGCCAGAAAUCCCUCCACGCCGCUCUCGGCGGUGGAAAAUCCGCGGAUAUUAUGCUGUGGAGGAACAAGCAAAUUUCAGCAGGAGCUCUUGCUUCUUCAACUGUUAUAUGGCUUCUGUUUGAAUGGAUAGGAUACCAUUUGCUUACUUUUAUUUGCCACUGUCUUAUACUUUUAUUGGCAAUCUUGUUCCUAUGGUCCAAUCUCUCAUCCUUUGUCAACAAGACUCCACUGGACUUCCCGGAGUUUAUAUUGCCGGAGGAUUUGUGCAUGAGAGCUGCACUGGCGGUGAGAGAUAAGUGUCAUUGGGCAAUUGGUAUUUUCCGGGAAGUGGCUUCAGGGAAGGAUUUGAAGAAGUUCCUCUAUGCAAUUAUGGGCUUGUGGAUUCUUUCUGCCAUUGGCAGCUGGUUCGACUUUCUCACCCUAGUAUACAUCAUAUUUAUUAUGCUGUUGACAUUACCUAUAUUCUACGAAAAGCAUGAAGAUCAAGUGGAUGCUUAUGCACACAAAGCAAGAAAAGAACUAAAGAGACAGUACAGCCAUUUGGAUGAAAAGCUUCUUCAGAAACUACCCAAGGUUAAUUUCGGUAAAGACAGCAAGCAGCACUGAUCAAACUCAUGUUCAGUUUGUUCCUGAA